UUUUGCGUUGUGCCACUCCGCCAUCUCUUCUGCCCAGAGAACGUGAGUGAAAAAAUUAGGAGAAUGGAUAAUUCCUCAUUCGAUGAGGCUUCCCAAUCGCAAUCGGCAAACGGAGGCGAUCACCCUGAACAAACGUCCACGGUGUCAGCUGCCAGUUUAAAGGCCAAGCUUCAUGCACAUGACAUUGUGAACAAUGCUUCUAGCAAACACAGCAAUGGUCGUGAACAGAACGGUUUGUCACCAGUGAGUAAUCAUGUGGAGAAAUCCAAAUCUGACAACCACAAGCAUGAGAAGAGCCGGUCUAAGGAUAGUAGCCAUCACAGUUCCUCAUCCAGACACAGGGAACAUGGCAGCUCAUCUUCCUCCUCACACAAAGAUCCCAAUCGUCAUCAGUCUUCAUCCUCUAGCAAACAUUCUUCCUCGUCCUCUUCAAAGCAUCGGGAUGGCUCGUCAUCAUCCAGCUCAAAACACAAGGACCAUACAUCCAGCUCCAGCUCCAGACACAAGGAUGGGAGUGGCUCCAGCAGUUCCAGCAAACACAAGGACGGGAGCAGCUCGGGAGGACAUGGGACUGGGGAUAAAUCACGUGACAGCCAUUCCAAGGAGAAGAGCAGCAGCAGCUCCUCCAGUAGUGACAAGCACCGCAGCAAACACAAAUCUAGCAGCGGUCACAGCAGUAGUAGCUCACACAAGUCUGAUAGACACAAAGACGGAUCCAAGGAGCACAAGAGUCACAAGGAACAUUCCAGCAAACACAAGGAUAGCUCUGCCGAGGGAUCCUCCAAGUCCAAGGAGUCCAGCUCCUCUAAACAUCGUGAGAUGACCUCCCCCAAACACCAAGGGAUGAGCAGUCCAUCCAGCAAAUAUCAGGCAGGGGACAAUAUCAACAGUAGCAGUCCAGAGAAGAGCAGUCCAAGGAAAACGGAGAUUAAAAAGGAACCUGUAGAAGUCCCAAACAACAGCCAGGUGGUGUCUCUGAAGAGGGAAGUGGAGAGUGAUGAUGAUGUACCACUGUCUGAUCGCCAAGCUGUGAUUAAGACUGAAGCAAAGAAAAGGCCAUUAAAGGAGGAAUCUUCUGAUGAUGAGCCCUUGUCAGCAAGGAUGGAGAAAGUGAAAAAAGUGAAAACAGAAGUUAAAGAGGAAAAAAUUAAGAAAAGGAAAGCCUCAGAACUUGAGGAUGAAAAACCAAAGAAAAAGAAGAAGAAGUUAGACACCUCUGGAGUUAAAGAAGAAAAGAAAGGGAAGAAAGUUAAGAAGGAAGAAAACAAGCCCGAUGUUUGGAGGUGGUGGGAAGAAGAAAAGAAAGAUGGCGAGACGAAAUGGAACUUCCUAGAACACAAAGGACCAGUGUUUGCUGAACUCUAUAUCCCUCUCCCAGAGGAUGUCAAGUUUUAUUAUGAUGGCAAAGUGAUGAAACUGACUCCAGAAACGGAGGAAGUGGGAAAUUUCUACGCGAGAAUGUUGGACCAUGACUACACUACCAAAGACAUUUUUAAGAAGAAUUUUUUCAAAGAUUGGAGAAAGGUCAUGACUCCGGCAGAGAAGGAAAUCAUCACAGACCUGUCCAAGUGUAACUUCAAAGAGUAUUUUGAUUACUACAAAGCACAAGUGGAGGAGAGGAAAAAUAGAACCAAGGAGGAGAAAUUGGAACUGAAAAAGAAGAAUGAGGCUAUAACAAAUGAGUAUGGUUUCUGUAUCAUUGACGGACACAAGCAGAAGAUUGGUAAUUUUAAGAUUGAGCCUCCAGGACUUUUCAGGGGCCGUGGAGAUCACCCUAAGCAGGGUAAACUAAAGCGCAGAGUCCAGCCAGAGGAUGUUAUCAUCAACUGUAGCAAAAAUUCCAACAUCCCAGUUCCUCCAGAGGGUCAUAAGUGGAAGGAAGUUCGCCAUGACAACAAGGUCACCUGGCUUGCAAGUUGGACAGAAAAUGUCCAGAACCAAACUAAGUAUGUAAUGUUAAAUGCCGCAUCAAGAUUAAAGGGUGAGAAGGACUGGCAGAAGUAUGAGACCGCACGUAAACUGCACAAGUGUGUAGAUCGCAUCCGCGCACAGUACCAAGAGGAUUGGAAAUCUAAGGAGAUGAGGAUACGACAGAGGGCUGUCGCACUCUACUUCAUUGAUAAGCUGGCUCUGAGAGCAGGUAAUGAGAAGGAUGAGGACACGGCAGACACUGUUGGCUGCUGCUCCCUGCGAGUCGAACAUCUCCAGCUGUUUGACAAGAAAGGAGACAAAGAGUGCGUGGUGGAGUUUGACUUCCUGGGUAAAGAUUCCAUCCGGUACACUAACAGCGUCUCCGUGGAGAAGAAAGUUUACAAGAAUCUACAGCUUUUCAUGCAGAAUAAACAGCCGGAGGAUGACAUCUUUGAUAGACUUAAUACGGCCAUUUUGAACAAGCACUUACAUGAUUUAUUGGAAGGUUUGACAGCCAAAGUGUUCCGUACUUAUAACGCCUCCAAAACCCUGCAAGACCAACUUAACCUUCUCACAAAUGAGAGUGACCCUGUUCCUGCCAAGUUGUUGUCAUAUAACCGAGCAAACAGAGCGGUGGCUGUGCUGUGUAACCAUCAGAGGGCAGUGCCAAAGAACUUCUCUAAACAGAUGGAAAACCUCCAGAAUAAGAUUAAGGAGAAACAAAAGCAAAUCAAGGAAGCAAAAGCUGCUGUGAAAGAAGCUAAAAGUGAUGUCAAAAACCUCAGAACUGAAAAGGCUAAAUCGCUGUACGAGAAGCGGAAGAAGGCUGUGGAUCGCCUUCAGGAUCAGCUGACCAAACUGGAAGUGCAGGCUACAGAUAAGGAUGAGAACAAAGAAAUUGCACUGGGCACUUCCAAGCUGAACUAUUUGGAUCCUCGAAUCUCAGUGGCUUGGUGCAAGAAAUUUGAAGUGCCCAUUGAGAAGAUAUACAACAAAACCCAGAGGGAAAAAUUCCAGUGGGCAAUCGACAUGGCGGGUGCAGAAUUCGUCUUUUAACUGAAGCAAAUCUUAGAAUUUCAAUAUCAUUGACUUUUAGGAGAGAUUGGGAAGCAAUAUAUUCCAGGUUGAAUGAAAGGCGAUAUACAUGUCCACAACU